AUGAUGAAUAUAUCAAUUCCUGAAGAAAUUAUCUUUGAAAUAUUCACAUGGCUUCCGGUGGAGUCUUUAUUGCGUUUCAAGUGUAUUACAAAAAUUUGUAAGUCUCUUGUCUCAGAAUCUGUUUUUGUGAAUAUUCAUACUUGUCGUUCUAUGAGCCGUCCUGGUGGAACAAAAUUCUUUCUGCGCGGAAGGGAAUCAAUUUUUUGCACUGUUGGGCAAAGAGAAGAUGAAAAAGAUUCCGCUCCAUUUUUACAAAUUGCGAGAUUUAAUGACCUCGACGUCCAUGUUCUUGCAUAUUCUCAGAUGAAUUGCAUUAAUGGUUUAUUUUGCAUUUGGGACCCAUUAUCUAUACGACCUGCUGCAAUUUUCAAUCCGAGUACCAGAGAAGUAAGAUUUCUUCCCAACAUAAAGGAAGAAUUUUGUCCUUGUAACUAUUCAUUAGGUUUUGAGCCAGAAGAAAAGAAGUUCAAAGUUUUUUGUUCAACGUAUGAAAGAAACAAACAAAGACAAUGUGUUUUCACUUUAGGCAUAGACAAAUCAUGGAGAGAGACUCAAAGCAUAUCCUUUUCUAUUCCGUAUUCUAAACCCAGUGUUUGCGUUAGUGGAGUUAUCUAUCAAUUUAUUGAUGGUGGUGCUAUAGCCGCAAUUGAUGUUAAAUCUGAAAAAUCCGAAACUAUUGCAUUGUGGAAUGCAUUGCGUGAGUCAAUGUACUAUUACGAGUUGAUAGAGGUGAAUGGUAAAUUAAUGGUCAUAGAUUACAGACAAUGGUCCUCUCAUGAUAUACAAGUUGUAGUUGAUCGUCAAAUUAACUCAGCUACUGUGGAUGCAAGGCUUCUUGAGACUGUAGGCUGUUUCUUUGAUUUCGAGGAUAUUAGAGACUCUUCUAGUUUAAUCACAAAGCCUCCGUUCGAUUCAUCUGGAAAGUUUACUGUUAUGGUGCAACUUUUUGGCAAUCCAAGAGCAGAAAGAGAAAUUGCAUUCUAA